AUGGAAGUGUCUGAUUGGGGCGUGACAAAUGUGGACAAUCAAACAGUCCAAUACUGCUUUCCAGACAACAAUUUGUCUUGUACCAAAAGUAUCAGACCAGAAGCGGAGUACAUUGUUGUGUACAUUUUCGUAUCUAUAACAUCAGUGUUCACCGUGUUUCUGAACUUGUUGGUGAUUGUCUCCAUCUCACACUUCAAGCAGCUCCACACUCCGACCAAUGUGCUGAUCCUCUCUCUGGCUGUGGCUGAUCUCAUCGCAGGAUUGAUUCUCAUGCCAGUGCAGGGAAUGAAACUCAUUGAGCCAUGCUGGUACUUUGGAGAAAUAUUCUGUUCAAUAUUCCCUCUUAUUCUGUAUGUGGUUGUCACAGCAUCUCUGGGUAAUUUGGUUAUUAUAUCCGUGGAUCGGUACAUUGCUGUGAAUGACCCUUUGCGAUAUCCACUGAAGGUCAAUACUAACAGAGUUGUUGUUUCUAUUGUUAGCUUCGGUCCCCAUUUACACUAUCAGCCUGCACCAUCUCAGCUGGAGCUGUCUCAGGGGGAAGACACUGGCAUCCCGUGUGGCCUCUCCAGCUCUGUGGCCUCUUCGCUCUCUAGCACUCUUCAGCUCGGUGGCCUCAGCACUCCCCAGUCAGGCAACCCUGCACCAUCUCAGCUGGAGCUGUCUCAGGGGGAAGACACUGGCAUCCCGUGUGGCCUCUCCAGCUCUGUGGCCUCUUCGCUCUCUAGCACUCUUCAGCUCGGUGGCCUCAGCACUCCCCAGUCAGGCAACUUUUCUGAGGGGGAGAAGUUUGCAUCCCUUAGAGAAUCGGUCGACAACUACGAGUAUGCAUGUGUAAGAUUCGGACUCGGCGAGAUCUGUGACAAAGUCGACUCCGAUGUGGGACCAGGGCCGGUGAAGUAUGGGAAGUGGUACCAGUUUUCCUUGUGGCAGCUGACGGGGAGAUUUGGUGAUGGCACAGACUGA